CGCUGUGACGAGUUUAAGCAUUUGUUCCAUUGGCCGUUAUAAAUAGUAUCAUGUAUUUUCCACAUAAACACGGUCACAGCUGAAGCGUCGGUGUCAUAUGUCAAUUUCAUCAUCAAAAUAUUAUACGUAACACAAUUCUCUCUGCUGUUAUGGAAAUUGAUGCAGAAACAAUAGAUGAAGGACCAAUCAACUGGCUGCCUGGAGAUCUCAUAUUGGAGAUAUUCUCGUAUCUGGAUGCAGCAUCCCUGAGUGCUGCAGGUUUGGCAUGCAAAACAUGGGCGUCCCUCAUUGGUCAGUCAGAAACACUAUGGAAAACUAAGACUCAGCAGAUCCUUGACAGAGAUGCUCAACGAUAUAUCAUCCAAUCAAAAUCAGAAGGGAACUCGUGGAAGGAAUCCUUCCAGAUGAAUUAUGGGAGCAACCUUAUCAGAAGUAAAUGGAAGCGGGGUAUGUUCAGUCAACCCAAAGCCAUGUUGGAUCUCCCCCCAAAGGUCCUGUGUCCCAUGACCGCCGACACCUGGGGGGAAAUAUUCCAAAUGGAGCUGGAAAGAUGAGGAAACCACAACAAACAUGUCGGACGUCUGGAAGGACAAUGCUGACACCAACCAGGAAGAAUGUCAGCUUGGUCGUGGCACUUUCUCCUCAUGACGACAUAUCAACAAAGAGAAAAAAUCAAGGAGUUUGUAUCCAGACAUUAUGUGUCAAAUGCACUUUUCACUCUGAUGACAACUCGGUGAAAGAUGAUUUAGUUUGGAUGCUCAUCAAGGACGAGGAUGGAUGGAACAAAGAUGAUGUAUCUUGGUAGCUGGCUACUGACAUGGCCGACUUGACCAUGUGAGCUUUACUCUGUAUUUAUUUAUGUUUACAAACACAAACAGAUGAGGUAGCAGUCAGGGAUUUACAUCUGCAUGCUGAAUGUCUUACCAUUUUAACUGAGAAUAUUUCAAGUUGAGUAGGUAUGUUAAGAUGUUUACCUUGUUCUGUAUUUGUAAGAGUAAUUUUUGACCUACUCAAAUUGCUCAAGGUCCUUAUUUUGUGCUCGUCUGAUCAUCAUUUUAACUAUAAAAUGACUUUCCAGUUUUAUCAUAACCAGACCCACAAUGUGCAUUUUUCGUUUAGCCCUGGGGGUUUUGUGAUCUUGGAUGAUGAGAUGUGGAGAACAUGUAUUGUUACAGUAUGAUCUUUAAGUAUAUGCAAGUUUUUAUCUACCCAAGUGGUACCAAUGGAUGAUGUGAAUAUGCUAUGAUAUACAUAAAAGUAAUACACAUAAGAUUGUUACUAUCUAUUUUAUCAAGUUCUUUGUACAUACCGAUGUAUUUAUUUAUUUUCAUUUAACUUAUUUAUGGAUUGAAAAAUUUGUUGUAGAUCAACAUAUUUUUGUUGUUUGGUUCUCAUAUUAAUUUUAGUCAUAAAAAAUAGAAUUGUUAUCAUUGAAGGCUAUGGUCAUCAAGGAACAAGGUUCCAUGUGUCCAAGAGAUAUUACCAUUAUCCAAUAUGAGAUACCGGGUACAGGAUUUGUCCUUCCUUAUAAUAUUACAUGUUUAUAACAUCAUGUGACCUGACCAUAAGUGAUGCAUUCAUGAAUGGUGCAGAGAGACAGAUCUUAGUCUGAACACCGUACUGCCAUUGAUGCACACUUAAAGCCUGGUCAGGUGAUAUUUCACUGGAGUAUCAGUACUGGUUACCGACCAGUUAUUGCCAUUUAUCGGGUAUUCAUGUAUUUGUUAUUUCUGACAUAUUCCAUGUACAAAGUUGGAUGCACCAUUGAGCAAAUGGGCUUAUUUCUGUCCGUGGAAAAAGAUUCAGUUUUCAGUAUCUAGCGUAUAACACUCAAUGUUUGUAUUCAUCAAUUUGAAUAAGAAAUGCUGCUGUCGUCUGCAACUGACAAAAAACAAUAUUCCCUGAAUUCGAUCUUCACAUGCUUGUCCCUAACACUAUGUACUAUGGAUUUCGCGAUAUAUACAGGUUAUGCAUUUUUGGAAAAAUAGCUCAAAUAGGUUUCAGAAUUGGAUUUUGGGGAAGAAAUGACAGACAGAUAGAAAGCAAUGACAGAACUGAAACUGCAUCAUCGUGUUGUUUGAUUUAUAUUUUUGUGUGAAUUAAUCACAUGACACCGCCCGCAUGUCUUUUCUAAAACUGAAUAUGAGGUGAUUAUAGUGGGUUUCUUUUUUAAAUUUCCUCACAAGAGAACGUUUUGUUCGUAAAUUUUCUCUCUUCUAAUGAAAAGAAGCAAAAGUAACAUGAGAUGUGAUCAUGUGCACGCUAUAAUGGGGAGUUAGCGAUAACUGGUUGCUAGCCAGUAUAGUAUUUUUAGUUUAUAUUUUCAGACAAAAUAGUAUUUCUUUCACAACAAAUGACCUCUAUUAAUGAACUCUAUUGUUUGAGAUGGUCUUAAAGAAAAUUUGUUGAUCAUAAGGUUUUACACAUUCUGUUACAUGAAUAAAUAUGAAAUGUGAAGAGUU